CCCGCCGAGUUUGAUCCCAGCAGCUCCGAGACCAAAAGGGUGUGAAAGCUUAACUAGUUUGACUCACUUUUGUUUUCCAGGAGGCCGACAUCGCAGACAUGACUUUCCAGGCCAGCUACGAAAGCAACAUGCUGUUCCAGACCAUCAACGACGACCUGAACGCAUCGCUGGCCACGGCGGACGAGUUGUCCAAGGAGUUCAACACCCUGCUGCAGAAGAACACACAGGUCCCCCCACAGCGGGUGUCCGGUAGUUGGAGUAACAUCAGCCCCGCCCCAGUUCCUCGCACGCCCAGCACAGCAAGCCUCCACCAGACGGACCCAAAGGGCUCCAUCAGCAAAAGUGCACCAACCACCCCGGCGUCCUCCAUCAGCCCGCUCUCCUCCCCGAAGAUCAGCAGGGCGCACUCCCCCCACCCCAGGGGCGCCCCCGACAGCCUCUCGUACCACCAGUUGAACCCCAAACAGUCGCCUGGCAGCCCCAGGCGCAGCUCGCCGGCACGCUAUGACAGGAGCCCCCGCGGCUCGCUGGGCGGCGUGGAGAGGAGCCUCUCCCCCGGCCCCGCCCCCACCUCCCACCUGAGCCCCUACGACGGCGGGCAGGUGGGUCGCAGGUCGCCGAGGGCCGACAGAUGCCCCUCCCCUUUAUCUUUUCAGCCAUCCCCGGCCGACACGCUCCAGAGACAGUUUGUCUCCAGGAAGUCUGACGAAGGUGUGCAGAGGCACAAGAGCCAUGUCAAGUGGAACGAGACAGAUCUGGACAUGUCCUACGAGAGCAAGCCUCACCACACCUAUGACAAGACAGAGUGGGUAAGAACCUCGCUGCCAAACAGCAACUGGAGAGAGUCCAACCUGGACGGCCCGUCUCCAGCAGCCACCCUCAAAAAGAAUCACCCUCGUUCUCAACCGCCCCAGUUUUCCCACGGUUCCCUCGCCCGGAACACUCGGGUGGCCAUACCUCCAGACAUUGCAUCCUCGUCCCAGCUGCACCAGUACAGCCCUCAGCCUAUCAUCUCCCGCAUUUCCAUCCCACCCGCAUCCGCUCAGUCCCGUCAGCGCAGGCCCAUCCCACUCUCCGUCAUCAUGCGUCUCCAGAACCCUCAGUGGGGCGCCAUGGCCGUCCGCCACCCCGGGAUGCCCGGGGAACCCCGCGAGAUACCCUACCAGCUCGGCAUGUCCCGGAACUUCUUCAAGCAGGCGGGAAUCCAGCCGCCGCCGCCGCCGCCCGAGCUGAGACAACCAGCGAUUUACAGCGACGGUAGAACACUGAACCCGGGUGAUAUCGACGCAGAACUGGGCCGACUGGACCUGGUCUAUCACUUGCCGAUGAUCAGAGAGGGCGAUCCGAGCAUGCAGGCUCCUCCGCGGCCCCUCAGCCCUACCAGGCUGCAGCCUGUUGUGGCCCCAGAGGCCCAGAGCCAGGAGAUCCCGGAUCUGGAGGAGGUGCUCCGCCUCCGGGCGGAGAUCCCCCGGCCCCUGAAGCGGCGGGGCUCUGCGGAGCAGACGCGGCCCCUGAAGAAAGCCUCCCACUACGAGCCCAACCAGUACAAGCACCUCAUCAACAAGAUGUUCCAGCGCAAGAACCGCCGUCCCAAGGGCGAGCGGGGGAGUGAGAGCAGCAGCUCGUCGGAUGGCGAGGACAACGGCGUCGUUCUUCCUCCACCACAGGCCCCCCAGCCCCUUUCCCCCCUGGACAACAAAUCCUGUUUCCCUUUCCAGAACUACCAUUCCAUCCUGCGGCGGUCCAACCGGGAGCGCAAAGGUGCCGGGAGACGAGCUCGCCUGAGCCCGCUGGUCCUGGCGCUGGACGGGGCGCUGGUGGGCGAGCUGGAGACGGUGCAACGAGCCGUACAGGAGAUGCAAGACCCGAGCCAGCCUAACGACGAGGGCAUCACCGCCCUUCACAACGCUAUCUGCGGCGGCCAUUACAAGGUGGUGGACUUCCUGGUCCGUAUCGGGGCCAACGUCAGCUCACCAGACAGCCACGGAUGGACUCCGCUCCACUGUGCCGCCUCCUGCAACGACCGCCCCUUGUGUGAGUUCCUGGUGAGAAACGGCGCGGCGGUCAUGGCCAUGACGGAGAGCGACGGCGCCACCGCCGCCCAGAAGUGCGACCCUUACGCCAUUGGCUUUGAGGAGUGCGAGAAUUUCCUGAGAGGCGUGGAGGAGGCCAUGGGCAUGGAGAACAGCGGCGUGCUGUACGCUCUGUGGAGCUACCCGGCUCAGGCGCCCGACGAGCUGGGCUUCCGAGAGGGCGACAUGGUCACCAUCCUGCAGAAGAAGGAGGCCUCCGACUGGUGGUGGGCGUCGCUGUGCGGCCGCGAGGGCUACGUGCCCAACAACUACUUUGGGCUCUUCCCCAAGGUGCGUCCCAAGUGCAUCUCCUGAAAAGAGCCAGUUGAAGGAAAAUUCAGUAUUCAUGUUUUGUUACUGCACUUCAAGUGGGCGGGACUUGUGACUGCAGCCAAUCACGCCUGAGCAAACAGGAAGUGGGUGCAAGUCCGUGGUCAGACUGGAGUUCAAGGUUUUAGGAAUAUUUCUCUUUAUUUGUAUAUUUCAUCUGUACUUUGUGAAAAUACUUAUGUCCAUCCAUCCAUCCAUUUUCUACCGCUUAUUCCCUUCGGGGUGGCGGGGGGCGCUGGAGCCUAUCUCAGCUACAAUCGGGCGGAAGGCGGGGUACACCCUGGACAAGUCGCCACCUCAUCGCAGGGCAAUACUUAUGUCAUUUGUAUUAUAUUUCAUAUUUACUCUUCAAGAAUGUGUGUGUUCUGUUUGUGACCAUGACAUGUCCUUUCUUUGUCUACAUUUGUACUGCUUAGUCUCUUUGUAUAGUCAUAGUAAUACACAUUAGUCAUAAUAAUAAUACACACUAGUCAUAAUGACAAUAAUAAUACAUUAGUCAUAAUGAUGAUAAUAAUACACACUAGUCAUAAUAAUAAUACACACUAGUCAUAAUGAUAAUAAUAAUACAUUAGUCAUAAUGAUGAUAAUAAUACACACUAGUCAUAAUAAUAAUACACACUAGUCAUAAUGAUGAUGACAAUAAUACACACUAGUCAUAAUAAUAAUACACACUAGUCAUAAUGAUGAUGAUAAUAAUACACACUAGUCAUAAUAAUAAUACACACUAGUCAUAAUGAUGAUGAUAAUACAUACUAGUCAUAAUAAUAAUACACACUAGUCAUAAUGAUAAUAAUAAUACAUUAGUCAUAAUGAUAAUAAUACACACUAGUCAUAAUAAUAAUACAUAGUCAUAAUGAUGAUGACAAUAAUACACACUAGUCAUAAUAAUAAUACACACUAGUCAUAAUGAUAAUAAUAAUACAUUAAUGGAUUAGAUUUAUAUAGCGCUUUUCUAGACACUCAAAGCGCUUCACAGAGAAGUGAGAACCCAUCAUUCAUUUUUACAACUCAUUCAUUCAUCAUUCAUUCUCCGGUGUGAGCGGCACCGGGGGCAAGGGUGAAGUGUCCUGCCCAAGGACACAACGCAUUAGUCAUAAUGAUGAUAAUAAUACACACUAGUCAUAAUAAUAAUACACACUAGUCAUAAUGAUGAUGACAAUAAUACACACUAGUCAUAAUAAUAAUACACACUAGUCAUAAUAAUAAUACACACUAGUCAUAAUGAUGAUGAUAAUAAUACACACUAGUCAUAAUAAUACACACUAGUCAUAAUAAUAAUACACACUAGUCAUAAUGAUGAUGAUAAUAAUACACACUAGUCAUAAUAAUAAUACACACUAGUCAUAAUGAUGAUGAUGAUAAUAAUACACACUAGUCAUAAUAAUAAUACACACUAGUCAUAAUAAUAAUACACACUAGUCAUAAUGAUGAUGAUAAUAAUACACACUAGUCAUAAUAAUAAUGAUACACACUAGUCAUAAUGAUGAUGAUAAUAAUACACACUAGUCAUAAUGAUGAUAAUAAUACACACUAGUCAUAAUAAUAAUACACACUAGUCAUAAUGAUGAUGACAAUAAUACACACUAGUCAUAAUGAUGAUGACAAUCAUACACACUAGUCAUAAUAAUAAUACACACUAGUCAUAAUGAUGAUGAUAAUAAUACACACUAGUCAUAAUAAUAAUACACACUAGUCAUAAUGAUGAUGAUAAUAAUACACACUAGUCAUAAUAAUACACACUAGUCAUAAUAAUGAUAAUAAUACACUAGUCAUAAUGAUGAUAAUAAUACACACUAGUCAUAAUGAUGAUGAUACACACUAGUCAUAAUGAUGAUAAUAAUACACACUAGUCAUAAUGAUGAUAAUACACACUUGUCAUAAUGAUGAUACUAAUACAUACUAGUCAUGAUGAUGAUAAUAAUACACACUAGUCAUGAUGAUGAUACACAGUAGUCAUAAUGAUGAUAAUAAUACACACUAGUCAUAAUGAUGAUCAUACACACUAGUCAUAAUAAUAAUACACACAAGUCAUAAUGAUAAUAAUAAUACAUUAGUCAUAAUGAUGAUAAUAAUACACACUAGUCAUAAUGAUAAUAAUAAUACACACUAGUCAUAAUGAUGAUAAUACAAACUUGUCAUAAUAAUAAUACACACAAGUCAUAAUGAUAAUAAUACAUUAGUCAUAAUGAUGGUAAUAAUACACACUAGUAAUAAUGAUAAUAAUAAUACACACUAGUCAUGAUGAUGAUAAUACACACUCGUCAUAAUGAUAAUAAUACACACUAGUCAUAAUGAUGAUAAUAAUACACACUAGUCAUAAUGAUGAUCAUACACACUAGUCAUAAUAAUAAUACACACAAGUCAUAAUGAUAAUAAUAGUACAUUAGUCAUAAUGAUGAUAAUAAUACACUAGUCAUAAUGAUAAUAAUAAUACACACUAGUCAUAAUGAUGAUAAUACAAACUUGUCAUAAUAAUAAUACACACAAGUCAUAAUGAUAAUAAUACAUUAGUCAUAAUGAUGGUAAUAAUACACACUAGUAAUAAUGAUAAUAAUACACUAGUCAUGAUGAUGAUAAUACACACUCGUCAUAAUGAUAAUAAUACACACUAGUCAUAAUGAUGAUAAUAAUACACACUAGUCAUAAUGAUAAUCAUACACACUAGUCAUAAUAAUAAUAAUACACACAAGUCAUAAUGAUAAUAAUAAUACAUUAGUCAUAAUGAUGAUAAUAAUACACACUAGUCAUAUUGAUAAUAAUAAUACACACUAGUCAUGAUGAUGAUAAUACACACUAGUCAUAAUGAUAAUAAUAAUACACACUAGUCAUAAUGAUAAUAAUACACACUAGUCAUAAUGAUGAUAAUACACACUAGUCAUAAUGAUAAUACACACAAGUCAUAAUGAUAAUAAUAAUACAUUAGUCAUAAUGAUGAUAAUAACACACACUAGUCAUAAUGAUAAUAAUAAUACACACUAGUCAUAAUGAUAAUAAUACACAGUAGUCAUAAUGAUGAUAACAACACACAUACAGUAUGUACCAUGUUUUGUAUGAUGCAACUAAUGCCCUGCAAUGUCUACUAGCGGCCACUAGGCGGUGACACGUGACCAAGUAUUAAAAGAGUCUGCUUCUUUUUUCUUCUUCUGGCUUCAAUUCUUUUGUGUUCGGAAAUGCUGCAAAAUAAACUCUGCAUAUUUGUAUUCAAGCAAAUGUAGCUGCGGUGAUGCUAUUACUGCAUCCUGACACUUUUAAAGAGCUCUUUUGUUCAUGUUUUACUUUUCAAUCUUGCCUUCUGCAGCUGACCCUCGACCCCUGACCAAUGAUCAGCCAAAAGGAGAAGAAGGCAGAUUUACCGUGAACACAACUUGAUAAACAUCAAUGCCUGACUGCGAUCCAACAUUCUUUCAUAAACAACUUUUGUCAUGUGUACAAAAAGAUACAUGUGGGAGGAGACAAGUCCAAGGAUCAAAAGGAAGAUUUCAAUGUUGAGCAGCACACCUUUUCUUCUAAUUAUUCAAUCAUACUGACAUUUAUUUAUGUUAUUAACUAUUA